UAAAUUACACAAAUCCAUAAAGAGUUCUUGGGCAGAGUUGAACCCACCCAAGUCGUGUGCUAACUGCUACAAUCAAUCAAGUAUGGGGAAAUAACUUAUACAAUGAUGAUAUUUUGGGAAUAAAAAAUCGAUGGGCUUGGCCUUAAAGUGAGGUGCUGACCACUGUCUCCACCGGUUCAUUUUCAACGGGAAUAAUGUUCUUGUUGGGAUCUUCUUUUUGUGUAGCAGUUUUGAUUUCAGUUCUUUGAAUUAUUCCCUUAAUUUUUCUGUCAAUAUCUUUAUGUUCCUGCUAAUCUCUUUAUUGGACUUGUGUUCAUAUUAACUUUGCCACUAGUUUAAUUUUAUGGCCCAUUAGCUCAAAUCAUAUCACAAUCAGUAGUCUUUUAUCUAACAAUGCAGUUGAAUCUUUGAAGGCUUCUUUGUUAGGUAAGCAUAAUCUACAGAAAAAGGCAUAUUCCCAUGUGCAACACACACCAUAUGUUUGAGGAUAGUGCUCAGUGAAUUAUCUGAUUUUAGGCUUAUGCAUAUUAUCUGGCAUGCUAGUGUAACUACACCUAACAGCUGAUGACAAGAUUAGCUUGGUUAAUGUAUCUGCAUUGAAUAAUUAUAGCCCAAAUCUUAGCCGCACUAGCAGAGUGGAUUUCAUAGGAUUAAGUGCCUUUAUAGCAGUGGGGUGCUAAUGCAGAAUGUAUUAUUAAAACAGAAACACUGAAUUGACUUCUGAUAUAUGUGUAUGUUUGGACUGCUGAUAUGUUCUAUAUAGGUUGCUAAUAACCCGGUUAUACAUGCUCUAGUGAAAGAAGAACAUGGUCUAGGAUUGCUGGUGUUUUUGGCAAUAGGGUCCCUUGUUUAGAAUUUCUUAUUGGUCAUUUUAAAUCAGUGAUUAAACCAAAAGUGUUGGACACAACUCUGGAACAAUGAAUUAACUGAUGAUAUGUGUUUAUGUUCGGGGUGCUGCCAUGUUCUUCUAUAUAGGCUGCUAGUAUUCAGGUUUUAACCCAAAACUUCUUAUGUUUCUCUGGAAACAGUUAUCAAACUAACAGCCUUGGACAUGAGUCUAGAAGGUGAGACGAAGUGAUGCUAUAAGCUGCUAAGAUUAAGGUCAUAAUUCAAAGUUGUUGAUCCUUCCUUUGAAACAGAAACCAAACCAAUGAUGACAUAUUUGUAUGUUUGCGAUACAUACACUGCUAAUAUUCGGGUUCUAAUUCAACAUUCUAUCCUCUGAAAAGAGAAACCAAAACAACAGCCUUGGACACAUCUAGAACUCUGAAUGAGAUGAUGAUCGGGUUGUUCAUGCUUUAAUAAAAGAAGAGCAUGGUCUAGGAUAAUUUUUAACAUGGUAGUGGGUCCUCAUUGAAAAUUUCUUAUCCUUCCUCUCAAAACAAAUAUCGAACCAACAACAUCAGAUACAAGAGUUAGAACAGUACUGAAGGAACUGAUGAUAUAUGUGUGCUCCUCGAUGCUGCUAUUUUCUAUGUGGACUGCCAAAAUUUGUGUUGCAUAUGUUCUAAUGAAAGAAGAACUUGGUCCACCAUCUCUCCCAGCAAUUCUUUUAUAGUUUCUGGAUGGCCAUCCAAACUGAGUUGGAAAUCUACUCAUCAUGGUUACAACCCCAUAACAAAAAGAAAUUGUUUUUAGUGCCUCCUCCUAUCAUGGCCCCCAUUGAAUUUAUCUUUCGAAAAGAUCUGUUCCCACCAUCAUUCACACCAAUGCUCACUCAACUAUCUCUCUGCUUAUCUUGUUUUAUUGAUUUAUCAUGCACUGUGAUGAACAUAGAAAGGAGGGUAAGGAGGGUCUCAAUAAAGGAAAAUUUUAUUGCUCUUCCAUCUCCACCAUGGUCUUCAAAAGAACCAUGUUUCUUCUUCUACUUCAGAAUUUCCUUGUAAUAAGCUCUAGUCUGGUAAGCUUGGGUUAUCAGCACCACUCUGGUCACUCUUCACUCACAGACAAGGCUGCUCUUCUGGAAUUCAAGAAGGCCAUAGUAUCCGACCCGACUUUCGCACUUGCUAACUGGCAAGAGAGCAAUGAUGUAUGCAACUUCACAGGGGUCGUGUGCAAUACAAGGCAUCAUCGAGUAGCAAACUUAACCCUCAAUCGCACUGGCCUUGUGGGAUACAUUUCGCCCUUCAUUUCAAAUCUCACUGAGCUUCUUUGCCUACAGCUCGCUGAGAAUAAUUUCUCCAGCACUAUUCCACUUGAGAUAUCCUCUCUCCGGCGCCUUCGCUUUCUGAAGCUCCACAAUAACAACAUGCAAGGUUCAAUACCAGAAUCCCUUUCUCUUCUUCAUGACCUUGAAUUGUUACAUCUUUUUGGAAACAACUUGACUGGUCCAAUUCCAGCUUCCUUAUUCUCCAACUGCUCUAUGUUGCAAAAUGUAGACCUUUCUGGCAACCGUCUUACAGGAAAAAUUCCACCAGAGAUUGGAAAUUGUCCAUAUCUAUGGACCCUCAAUUUAUACAAUAAUCAAUUUACUGGACAAAUCCCUUUUUCCUUAACCAAUGCUUCAUACAUGUUUAAUUUGGAUUUUGAAUAUAACCAUAUUUCUGGUGAAUUGCCUUCAGAUAUCGUAGUGAAAUUGUAUCGGCUUGUUUAUCUUCAUAUAUCUUACAAUGAUAUGGUUAGUCAUGAUGCCAAUACUAAUCUUGAUCCCUUCUUUGCCUCCCUUGUAAACUGCUCUUCUCUUGAGGAGCUUGAAAUGGAAGGUAUGAGCCUUGGAGGAAAAUUGCCAAAUUUCAUGGGUCAACUUGGUGUUAAUCUAACAAAUCUUGUUCUGAAUGGCAACCAAAUAUCUGGAUCAAUACCUCCGAGUUUAGGGAAUUUCUCCAUACUUACGAGCCUGAAUUUAUCAUCGAAUCUAUUAAGUGGAACAAUUCCGCUAGAGUUCAGUGGAUUGUCAAACUUGCAACAGCUUAUCUUGUCACACAACAGUCUCAAUGGUUCCAUUCCAAAAGAAUUAGGGAAUAUAGGAGGUCUGGGUCAUUUGGAUUUAUCUCACAACAACCUAUCAGGCAACAUACCAGAGAGUAUAGGGAAUUUGUUUCAGUUGAAUUAUCUGUUCCUCAACAACAAUAACCUCUCAGGAGCAGUACCUCGAAGUUUAGGACAUUGCAUUGAUCUGAACAAGCUUGACUUCUCCUACAACAGAUUGACAGGGGGCAUCCCUCCAGAAAUAUCAAGUUUGCUCGAGAUCCGAAUAUUCCUGAAUCUUUCACAUAAUCUUCUCGAAGGGCCUUUGCCAAUUGAGCUCAGCAAGCUGCAAAAUGUCCAGGAGAUAGAUCUCUCGUCGAACAACUUCAAUGGAAGUAUCUUCGACCCAAUAUUAAAUUGUAUUGCCUUAAGAUUGUUAAAUUUCUCGCACAAUGCUCUUGAAGGGCCGCUUCCUGAUUCCUUGGGUGAUUUCAAGAACCUGGAGGUCUUUGAUGUUUCAAAGAACCAAUUGUCUGGAAAGAUCCCAACAACCCUCAAUAGAACCCGCACGCUCACCUUUCUGAAUCUUUCAUAUAACAACUUUGAUGGGCAGAUUCCCUCCGGUGGCAUCUUUGCUUCAGUUACAAAUCUUUCCUUCUUAGGCAAUCCGAAUCUUUGUGGCUCAGUUGUUGGCAUACCCACUUGCCGUAAGAAGCGAAACUGGUUACAUUCACACAGGUUUGUGAUUAUUUUCUCAGUUGUGAUAUCUAUAUCUGCAUUCUUAUCAACUAUAGGUUGUGUUAUUGGCUGCCGAUAUAUCAAGAGAAUUAUGUCCUCUGGGAGGUCUGAAACAGUGAGAAAAUCAACACCAGACUUGAUGCACAAUUUCCCAAGAAUGACAUACAGAGAACUGUCAGAGGCCACUGGAGGAUUUGAUGAUCAGAGACUAAUUGGCUCAGGGAGUUACGGACGUGUCUUCAAGGGAGUUCUUUCAGAUGGAACUGCCAUAGCAGUCAAGGUGUUACAGUUGCAAACUGGCAAUUCCACCAAGAGUUUUAACAGAGAAUGCCAAGUCUUAAAGAGGAUCCGCCAUAGGAACCUGAUAAGAAUCAUCACAGCUUGCAGCCUACCUGAUUUCAAAGCCCUUGUCCUUCCUUUUAUGGCAAAUGGGAGCUUGGAUAGCCGUCUCUAUCCACACUCAGAGACAGGUUUGGGUUCGGGUUCUUCAGAUCUGAGCCUCAUCCAGAGGGUGAACAUCUGCAGUGAUAUAGCUGAAGGGAUGGCUUAUCUGCAUCACCACUCCCCAGUCAGAGUCAUACACUGUGAUCUAAAGCCGAGCAAUGUACUUCUUAACGAUGAAAUGACAGCUCUGGUUUCGGAUUUUGGGAUCUCAAGAUUGGUUUCAACAGUGGGAAAUGCUGGAGGUGUUGAGCACAUGGGAAAUUCUACUGCCAAUAUGCUUUGUGGAUCCAUUGGAUACAUUGCACCAGAAUACGGGUACGGAGCCAACACAACUACAAAAGGAGAUGUUUACAGCUUUGGCAUACUAGUUCUUGAGAUGGUGACCAGAAAAAGGCCUACAGAUGACAUGUUUGUUGGGGGACUGAACCUGCACAGAUGGGUGAAGAGUCACUACCAUGGAAGAAUGGAAAGGGUGGUAGAUUCAUCACUGUUGAGAGCUUCCACAGCUCAGCCUCCUGAAGUGAAGAAAAUGUGGCAAGUCGCCAUUGGAGAACUGAUCGAAUUAGGCAUUCUUUGCACGCAGGAGUCUUCCUCUACUAGGCCUACAAUGCUGGAUGCUGCCGAUGACUUAGAUCGCCUCAAACGCUACCUCACCGGCGACAGUACCACCGCCACAUUUGCCUCUUCUCUUGGAAUUUCGUCUUCGACCCUCGAUGAUGAUGACCAACUGUCUCUAAUUUGAUGUACAUAUCUUAGAAUAUCAUAAAUAAAACUGUAUUUUAUGACGUUAAUAUCAGAUGAUAAAAAAUAUCUAUGUGACAUAAUAAAUCAUUAUCUAACGUUAAUAUUUAUUUA